AUGUAUCACCCGCUGAACAUCAGUAUAGAUCACGCGGUGAGGGUACCGACAAACGAGGCACAGCAAUCUGGUCUUGCACUUGAUCAAGUCCAGAUCAAGGAAGAAUAUGGAGGUGGAUACCCUGCGCACGUAGAGGGGCUGCAUCAUCUACAUUGCUUGAACUUGUUGCGCAAAUCCCUAGCCUGGAACAUCGAUUACUAUCACAAGCAAAGCCUGGGGCCUUUCUCCAACGACGCAAAUAUCCUAAAACACCACACCACACAUUGCCUCGAUAUCCUGCGACAGCAACUCAUGUGUGUCAUGGACGUCGGGGUUCUUGGCCAAGUGUGGUAUCAGCCGCCUGGCAAACCGUUACAAGCAUUUGUUGAUUUCAAUACCGUCCACACAUGUCGUAACUUCGAUGCAAUCCGAGACUGGGCGGAGAAGCACCAGUUGCCGGAUGUAGAAGAUACUCCAGCCGAUUUUCUCGUUUUACCAAAGGAGGGUGAUCGGAUUUAUCACGAAGUCCCCUAG